AUGACCGAGUGCCAACACACGCUGCAGUGGCACCAAAUCGGAAACAUCGUGCUCAACGUAAUGAAGUGUCUGGACGCAAAGGACAUAUGCGUCGCCUCACAAGUGUGUGGUCUGUGGUGUGACAUCGGCACACUCGACGAAAUAUGGAAGCCAGUGUACAUGAAGCAGUUCCUGCUACCCCCCCCUACAGUAUGUUGUGCGCGUGUGUUUCUCGACGGUUUGAACGCGCAUUGCAAAAAAAGAAG